GCUCUAUACAAUAGCACUGGGCUUCCUCUUGAACCUCGAGCUGACGGACUACUACGACGAUCAAGCGGGCUCGGAGAUGUUUCAGGGCUUUGGGCCCAUGAGUAUGUCGACCCCGGGGCUGAUCCAGGCUUUGAUCACCCCCAUCAUCGGCGUGGUCUCGAUCCUCACAUGGCUGCAGAUGCGUCGGCUCUCCAAGCAAUGGCGGAAGCAGCAGAAAGCCGCCAUGAAAGCUAGGGACCUGGAUCCCGAAGAUUCCGGCCGGGCGAAGCCGCGAUGGACGCUUUUGUCCGAGGACGGCGACGUUUAUGGUGCGUUUAUGGGCGAGGUAUACUCUGAGCGUGUCCUUGAUGAGCGUGUUGAGGAGGAAGAUUUCCAAGAUAUCCCCGUCUCACCGCGCGUCCGCGAAUAA